GUGGUGAUCAGAGGAAAAUUGCUGCUGAGCAACUGGAGAGAGACCAAAGAGAGAGAGGGAGAGAAAGAGAGAGAGAGCUCUUAUUAACAAAGUGUUAUUAGCCCGAGGUACAGUGAUGGUUCCGGUCAGUGUGCACUGAAGCGGCUGCACUCACUAUCCUGUUUAACCCAACUAACACAAACUCAGUGUCGUGUUUCAGUAGCUCAGCGCGCUGUUUGAGCACAUCAUGCUUAGUAGUGAAUAGUAAGAAUAUAGUUAGCUAGCCGGCUAGCCUUUGGAUUGUUUCCGACAGCUUAUAAGCAAAGGUACAAACGUAGAAAUACUGUAGUAGCAUUAGUUUCAUUGCUCGGUCUGGGUGUUAAAUUUGUGUUAUUAGAGAAGCAGAGCUUUAUGACUUGCUUUUUGGUGAAGAAAUAAACAAAUAAACAGCACUAGUUUGUGGAGCGUUUGGCUAGCUUGUUUGGAAGCUCCUUGGCUAGCUCGUUAACGCUGACGCUGUAAACGUUUUAUCUGACCUGUACACCUCAUUAGCGUCCUGUGGUUCGGUAAACACCACAUCCAGAUAUAGUUUAAGUCUUAUAUUUGGGCAGCAAGCGGACGCCGCGUCCAGCUGAAUGGCCUGGACGCACUCGUGUAAGACUCGGCGUUUGGUGUAAAAGUUAGCUAAUUGUAGCAUCAGCGGAGCGAGGAGAAACUUGAGGGAGGUUUGUCUAGAAGCAGGUGCUUGGAGUGUCCAAGACAAAAGCUAUACUUUGGCCUUCUGCCUCAGUCAUGGACAAAGAUGCCUGUAUAGAGGAUCAGGAAAAUGGCAAUAAAAUGAUCCACACUGUGAAGCCUUCUCUACUGACUUCUGCCUAUCGAUACACCAAGGAGGAGCUUUUGGAAAUCAAAGAGCUACCAAUUUCUAACGAGAGGCCAGAAUGCCUGUCUCAGAAAUAUGACAGUGAUGGAGUGUGGGAUCCUGAAAAAUGGCAUGCGUCAUUGUAUCCCUCCGAGUGUGACUUACCAGGAGAGGGUUACAAGAGGGACUAUGCUGAGGAUAGACCUCCCCUGAAACGUAGAAUUGCUGACCCACGAGAGCGUAUUAAAGAGGAUGAUUUGGAGGUCGUUCUUAGCCCCCAGCGCCGUAGUUUUGGAGGUGGCUGUCAAGUGGCACCUGCUGCCCUGACUCGCCGUCCCAUCAGCCCCCUUGAGAACAAAGAGAAUGAGUCUCUCCGUCUCGGGGGCACACGCCGUAUUGGAAGUGGGCGCAUCAUGGCGGCGCGUGGGUUCGAGAGGGAUAUUCGGGUGGACAAAGAAAGGGACCGUGAAAGAGAACGUGACUUCAAGGACAAGAGAUUCAGGAGGGACUUUGGUGACAAAAGAGUGUUUAGUGAGAGGAGAAGGAAUGACUCUUAUGCUGAAGAGGAGCCAGAAUGGUUUUCUGGUGGACCCACAAGCCAGUCAGAGACCAUUGAGCUUAUUGGCUUUGACGAUAAAGUCCUAGAGGAUGAUAAACGGAAACCUAAGCGCUCAAGAAAGAGGACAGAGUCUGUAAAAGAAGUUGAGUGCAAUGGUGGUCUUUCUGAGGAGGCACAGGUGGUCCAAGAGAGAGGAGCUGAUCAGGAGGUUCCUCAUCCAGACAUUCUACCUGAACAAACAGCUGGGGAUUUUGACUUCAACGAGUUCUUUAAUCUGGAGAAGACCAUGCCUGGCCUGGCUUCGAUGAUCGAAGAUGUGCUUGGUGAAGGGCCAGUCACGGCCAGCCGGUUCAGCCGCUGGUUCAACAGUAAUCAGAGUCCCUCUGUUAGCCGCUCCAGCAGCCUGCGCUCCACCCCACAUGAAGAGCUUGAGAAACUAGCAGAUCCACGCAGUAGUUCUCCUAGUCAGGGUCCUACACCCUAUUUCACGCCAAUUCCCUUGGAGGAGCGGAGAGAGAAGGUGGACAUCUUGGAGCUGCUCCAUAAAGCCAAAAUUGACCUUAAACCCCUUCUCUCCAGCUUAAAUGCAAACAAGGCUCGUCUCAAGGAGAGCACUAACUCUGGGGUGGUGUUGUCAUUGGAGGAGGUGGAGAGUGGUUUAAAGGGGCUGAAAGUUCAGAGUGAGCAGCCUCAGCCAGCCCCCAGGCAGCUGCAGGCUCAGGGAAGAGGAACUCCUUUCAUGGCCGAGCACCUGGAAGAGGCUCUUACAGGAGGCUCAGGGGUCAUGGCCCGUCCCCGUGAUCCUGACAUGUCUGCAUUCAACAAGCUUGUGAGCAGUAUGAAGGCAAGUGGAACCCUGCCCACCCAGCCCAAGGCCAGCACGAGCAGCCUGCAGCAGUCUGCAGAUCCCGCCAUCCUGAGCACCAUAACUGAGGCUCAGGUACCUGCCAUACAGCAGAAGAAUAUAUUCCAGGAGUUGUUGGGUGUUCAGGGAGCUCCACGGGCAGGUUCUCCACUCUUGAGUGGUCUGUUGGCAAACCCUGAAGCUGCACCUGCUUCAGCCCCUGGCCUCUUGCACCACCGUGGCUCCUCACCGCCUCUCUUUCCACACAGAGGUCCCAUUCAGGACUUCUACACUGGCAUGCAGACAGGAACAGGCUUCCCUGUUGGCCCACAACAAAUUCUGGGGGACCAAAUUCCUGAAAUGCACAGAGCGUUAAGUCCAGGCCCAACUCCACAACAGUUGAGGGCAAUGUCUAUGGGAGUGGACCAGGCAGACUUGGAAGCUGGAAUGUUCCAGCAGGAUCUGGCGUUACACGGUCGCCAGUACCAGCAAGGCUAUAACAAACAUGGCCAUGAUAAGUCCUUCCGGAACAGGCAGACGAGGAUUAACAGGUCCCCUGGCCCUCAUCUGCCGGGCAGAAAUUCCCCUGUCACUGCAGUCACUAGUAUGCUGUCUCCAUCUUUUACUCCAACCUCAGUGAUUAAAAAGAUGUAUGAGUCAAAGGAGAAGACUAAAGAUGAGCCAGUGAGUAGGCCAGGAAGUAAAGAGGACACAGCAAACUCACAGGAAGACAGUCCUUCCCCCAGCUCCUUCCUUGAUGGUGUGGACGGAGGUGGACCUCAAGCAGGUGGUAUAAAAGCCUGCUCCACCCCUGUAUCUGCCCAGAAUCGCCACUCGAAAGAGGCUGAGCGAGCCAGGCCUAGCUCCACCACAGGGCAUCACACUCCUUCUAUGCUGUCCCCAGGGUCCACUUCCUCUUUCCCCAGACCCAUUUACCCAGUACCGCUUUUGUCUCAUGUCCCCUUGGUUAGGCCUCCACCACCACAACUGCAUCCUGGUGUGGUACAGAGGAUGAUUGCGCAGGGCAUCCAGCCCCAGCAGCUUGGACCUGCACUCUUACAAACAGGACUUUUCCCCCAGACUGUGGAUCUGUCCCAGCUGCAGGGUCUGCCUCCUGCUCUCUUAGGCCAGCCUCUGUAUCCACUGGGCACUACAGGACACCCACUUAUUCCCCCCAGAGCUGCUGGACCACACAUGCAGUUAGCAGUCAUGCAACAACAGUUCCAACAGCAGCAGAGACCUAAUAUACACACAGUGCCCACUGGAACCCCGCAGUCACAGAGCCACAGCGCGCACCGGACACCCCACUCUCAGCGGCGAGCAGGGAGUCCACCUCUAGGCCUGGCCAAGUGGUUUGGCUCAGAUGUGCUGCAGCAACCACUCCCUUCCAUGCCUUCUACUAAAGUAAUCAGUGUUGAUGAACUGGAGUUCCGCCAGUGAUGACGAUCCUGCAGCCAGUCACAGAGUAAAGCAAGACCUCUCUUCCUCAUGGCCCUGUUUAAUUUAAAAAAUGUGAACUUUAAUUUCUAUGAAAAUGUACAGGUGAUGGAGCCCUGCGUGUUUUAUAUGCUCAGUCAUAAACCUUACAGUUGUUGAUAGCUGAUAGGCCUAGAAGUUAAGAGAAAAGUCCUGGACUACUUUUGUUUUUCCCUGUUGAAGCUGUCCUAUCAAAUUAUUUAGGGAUUUUUUUUUUUUUGUACUUCUCUUUGUUUAUUUGCAGUAAAGAAGUAAAUAAUGUAUAGGCCAGAAUUGUACAGACUAUGGGAAUUUUUUUCCUCCCUGUACAUAGCUUUUUUUUUUUUUUUUUUUUUGUUUUUUUUUUGUUUGUUUUUUUUGUUUUGCUAUGUGGAAGGUUUCAGAGUAAAAAAUGGGGCCACUGGGAAUUUUUUUUUCCCCCUGGCUGUAGUGGGGUUCUACAUUUUGCAGCCUUGGAUUUGGUCUGAGUGGGACUAGGCUGCACUGCUGAUGACUGGUUUGUAGAACAAGAGAUGCCCAUGGGUGUAUGAACAAUACUUUCCCAACCAAUACACCAUCUCUCAUGGAUAAGAGUAGCUGGAACCUGCUGGAGCUGAGCCCAAGUGGGGCUACAGUAUGUAUGUGCCUUUUUCCCCCCCCCCCUACCCUUUCUUCCUUUAUGCCCUCUCCCCAGCCUUCACUUCCUUCCCCUAGCCAGUCACUAAGAGAGAAGCACUGCGUUGAAUCACGUUUUGUUUUAGGGUGGCAGGGGUUGAAUUCAAGGAAUUGUGCUACUAAUUAAAAAAAAAAAAAAGCACAAUAAAAUAAAAUGUUCAAUAAAAAAAAAAUUCACUUUUGUUUUUUGUUAA